CGAGUGCGUUGGUAUGGCGAUAACGACAACUCUGGUUGGAAAACAAACUUACGGAACGGAGAACAACCAUGACCUCAAAAAUACAACUGGAGAUUGUUGGUCUUUUAAAAGAUCCAAAAUUUCAAAUUGCGAAAUGCACGGCUGAGGAACUGAAACAGCGGUUUCCCUUGUCUUUCGAGGACGCAAUAAUUCGCCCAUUAGUGGAAUUUGACUGGCAUACGUAUUUAACUAUAAAAAAACAGGAGCUAAAAGGUGAAGUGUGGGAGUUCAGAGGCUCUGUUAUGUGUUUUGGGAAUGGCAGACUGCUUGGAAAUGAAGAAGAUUUGACAUUUUGGGCAGAGAAACAAUGGAGUUUCACCUCUUCCCACCCACAAGAGCUGUGUGUCGCACUCUCCGAAGAGUACUUCUCCAAGCAUUUGCAAAGCACUGGGCACACGUUUGUGUACAUGGAUAUUGAAAUAAGUGAGAAACCUGCUGGUAGAUUACUGAUUGAGCUGUUUUCAGUUCUUUGUCCAAAGACAUGCAAGAACUUCCAAGCACUCUGUACUGGAGAGGAAGGAUUAUCCUACAAGGGCUCAUUAUUCCACCGAAUCGUCCCCAAUGGCUGGAUCCAGGGUGGAGAUAUCUCACUGGGGAGCAGAGGAAAUGGCGGCGAGUCUAUUUACGGGCCAACAUUCGAAGAUGAAAGCUUUGCUGUGGCCCACUGUAAGAGGGGUAUCCUGGGAAUGGCAAAUCAUGGCCCUCACACCAAUGGCUCCCAGUUUUACAUCACUCUGCACCCUGCACCCUGGAUGGAUAGGAAAUAUGUGGCUUUUGGUCAAGUCAUUGAAGGCACUGAAGUCCUGAAGAAAAUGGAGAUAAUCUCCACAUACAACGAGCGGCCAAUACAGCCUUGUGCAGUCAAAGACUGUGGAAUAUUUUUACCUUGAUAUGAACCUUAAGUGUUUGUUUGAGUUUCUACCCACUUUCAUAUAGUAAAAGGUAAGGCUGAACUGAUUGCGUGUUACAUGAGCAGUCAGUGUGCACCCACAUUUUAUGACCCAACUAUAUGUAUACCAUCUCCAGAAAAGUUGGGGUAUUUCCCAAAACGUAAGAACAAAAAUCUGUGAUUUGUUAAUUCACAUAAACCUUUAACUGUCAAAAGUACAAAGAAAAAUUUCCAGUAUUUUUACUGA